AUGGGCGCCCUCGUUCGUCAGCCCACCGGCCUCUCCCCUCGUCUGCGCGCGCCAGAUGGGAGAAGCUUCAGCUCCGGCGGCGCCCAUGGCCACCACCGCGUGGUGGUGCGCACUGGCCGGCGGGCGCGUCUCGGCAGGGUCGGGGCGGCGCACGUGGAUGCGCGGCCCAGGUACUGCCGGCUCCGGGGUGUGGCCGCUGUCGCCGCCCGCGACACCAGCCGCGAGCUGCUCGAUCAGCAUGCUCACCCCGGCAAGUACGACACCGCGUCGAACCAGCUUGCCACCGCCAUGAGCAAGGACAAGUUCUUCGAGAUCGAGAUGGAGGUCCGCGACGACGAGGUUGACGAGUACGGCGUCGUCAACAACGCGAUCUACGCCAGCUACCUCCACAGUGGCCGUGACGUGAUGCUUGAGCAGCUGGGCAUCAGCGUGGGCUACUGGACGUCAACGGGGAACGCCAUGGCUCUCUCAGAGCUGAACCUCAAGUACUUCGCGCCUCUCAGGAGCGGUGACAUGUUUGUUGUCAAGGUCAAGCCCGUGCUGAUCAAAGGCGUGCGGAUUAUGGUGGAGCACAUGAUCGAGACCCUGCCGGAUCGUAAGCUCGUGUUGGAAGGCCGGGCGACCGCUGUUUGCCUCAACAAAGACUUCCGUCCAACUCGGGUGUUCCCGGAGCUGUCAGCGAGUUUGAUGGAGGCCUUCUCCUGCAAAGUCGCCUAG